GCUUCGACGUAUUCUCCAUUAAAUUAAUCUAGCUCUAUCUAAUUUCUGUUUGAGUCUUCUUACUCGGACAACAUUACUUAGUGUGACUAAUCCUAUGCCAAUGUAUUCGCAUACUUUGAUAAGCGAUAGACAAACACAUUCUCCAUUUUAACCAAUCCAAGCUGUCUAAAUUAUUGUAAUACAGCGAUCAUGCAUAAGUCAAGUAUUCCUGCGGUUUACAAUGCUGCGCCACCCUCGUACGCGGAGGCGAUGGGGCAGCCCGUAUCGACGACAAAUGUACCUGGGUCUACACAAUGUCAGUCGACAACGUACCCUCAAGAACACUCGUCUAGUUACCCUUCAUCUGCAACAGCAUAUCCUUAUCCGGAUAAUUCUUACUCGAGCAUGACCGUCCAGUCAUCUUACAAUCCAUCAUAUGUUACGGCGAAUCAACAAAAUCAAUCCGUGAACACACCUUACGUCAUCAAUGCAACAGUAGUACAACCCGUACGACAUACUUCAGUGCGCAAUAACUUGAGACGUAGAUUUUGGGUAACGUGUGUAUUUAUAAUUUGGUGCAUCAUUAUGGUAUCGAUAUUUACCAGCAUUUUUAGAUUUAGAUAAAGUAUGAAUUAGUAUAUAAUACUUUUGAUUGAACGUGAAUACAGACACUUCUGUAAAAACAGAUACUUAUUCAGCGCAUUUAUUAAAAUAAGCCAUACGUUAAAUAGUCUUUAUAAUAUUAUGGAGAUGCAGUAUUAAAUUAUUAUUGAUGUUGGUACACCGUAUAAUUAAAGAAUUAACUCGUCUCUAGUAAUCGUAAUUAGUGUAUCGACAUCUCUCGUGAUUUGUUUUAUCAAUAAUUGUGAAAAUUAUUUUGUGGCUGCAUACCAGUAAUAUCCUAUAGUAACGAACAAUCGAUAUUCGUGUAGUGCAUUACAGUAUUCAUUGUAAUAUAUAUUUACUAUAAUAUAAUUUAUUGUGAUAUUUAGUAUGUAAUUCUCUGUAUUAUAUAUGUAACAUUCGCUGUAAUAUACGCACAUCAGAAAUGGAGUAAGUUUGCAUUACGAGAAUACAUAUGUGAAUCAUGUAAUUGUUUCAACAAAUGAGUAUUCACGAGGCAAUACAAUUAUAAUAAUAGUAAUUGUAUAAACAUAAUGUACAUACUUAAGUGCGAGUUCAUACACUGCUAUACUUUUUAUGCAUUAUAUGCAUAGGUUAUAUUAAUUUAUUAAUUUAAAAAUAGCGUAUCAUGAGUAAUAAUGAGCUAAUGUAUCGGACAUAAAUUUCACGCAUCACAUCGAUUACUAUAAUGUGAUAUCAUUUAAUGUCAAUAGAGGUGUGUGAGAGAGAGAGAGAGAAGCGAUAUUAAAAACAAAUUUAAAUAACUG